GGCCCACCCGACUGAUAUAAAUGGAGAGGUGAGAAGCCAGAAUCUCUCCACAAGAAGCAUCAAUGGAUUUCAGGAUGCAUCUUUUAUUCUGUGCUCUCUUCAUUUCUCUGCUGGAUUACCAUUGUAUCAGUGGCCAGGAGUGUGUCCUCACAUCGCUGAAGAAAACUGUAGAAAAAGGCUCUCUGGUGACAAUUGUCCAAAAUGAAGACAGUAGUUCAGCAGUGAACCCGACCAGAAACAAUCGACAUAAUGAUGUUUUUUAUGAAACAACCUUGAAGUGGGUUUGGUUUAACGAAUCUGCUCCCAGUGAAGCACUUUCAUUCUGGAAUAGCUAUGCUAACAGGUGGGAAUACCCUUGCUGGGAAGAAAGAUGUGCAGCUGGUUUCUACAGUCCAACCCAUGGUCCUUACUGUUACUAUGCUUAUGGCAAUCGAGAAUUCAGUACCUCUAAUUUCCAGGUGUUGGUGAAUGAACACGACUUUGAAUCAUUGAAAUGGCAACAGGGUUCUUAUGGUAGUGUUCCACAAAAUUCAGUUGAUACUUGCCCAGGAGCACAAGUCUAUGUGGGGAAAAAUAAAUAUGGCUUAGGAAAGGUAGAUGUCCAAAACAGCGCUUUCUUCAUCGGGAUUAAUGGUAAAGAAUACUGGUAUAAAUACUAUGAUGUCCUGACCAUUUACAAAGGUUAUCGAUCUCAGGAAAUCAACAAUGUCAAGUAUAUGAAAGACCAGGGGAUAUAUAGCAACGAUGCCCUGACCUUGUUUACUGCCAAAGUCACCAACAAUAACUGUGACUCAGUGAAGAAGAUCACCACCUUAUCAAAAACUGUAUCCUUUGAACAUCACUGGGACGUUGGAAUUGCCCUUUCACAGAGUGUGAACACUACCAUAACAGUGGGGAUACCUCAAGUCAUUGGGACAUCAUGGAGUUUUUCAUCAGAGAAAACCUUCAACUGGAAUAAAGGUUCCACACAGACUGAAGCAGUCACAUUUACUGAAACUGUAGAGAUUGACGUCCCACCUAACCACAGCUGUGAAGUAACAAUGGAGGGCAUAACAAUGAAGGCAAGGUUUCCCUUUACUGCCAGAGCGACUCGUUACUAUAAUAACGGAGAGAGUCGAAGCGCCAUCAUCCAAGGGGUCAGCAACAGUGGUGUUGUGACACAAGUGCACACAGAAAGUAAGCGGUGCCAACCAAUCCCAGAUGCAGAGCCAUGCCUUUCAGAGAUCAGUGGUACAUAUUAAUAAUCCUCUAUGUUAUUCCUUAGCCAUUAAUUGUUCUGCAGCAGAAAUCAAGACAAUAAAAUGUGAUAACAGGAAGAACAAUAAGUGAGGUGAGGGCUGAGCUUUGAUAUACGAGAGCAUUAUUCAUCCAACAGAAGAAAUGGUGAUCGUUCCAUCAUAUCAAAAUAUAAGCAUGCUUCCUCUUCCUGAAUAAAUGUACUUGGAAAUAAAUGUCAUUUAUUUCAA